GGCGGAAGGCACUGGCGACGUUGACCAGCAACGUUCAUCACCCUGAAAACUGAGUGGCCUGAGAUCGCCGAACCACCGUCUCUUCAGAGCACAGAAACUCAGCCACAAUGCCGCCGCGCAAGAGGCCGCAGGCCCCUCCUGCAGCUAAACCCCGGCGUCCCUCGGAGGCUGGCCAAAAUGCUGCGACCGAACCGCUCAAGCGAAAACGCUCUUCUAUCGUAAAUGAAUCAGUCAUGGAGGCAGUCUCAUCGACUGGACAAGCCCAGACUCAGACCGAACGGACCGAAGAACCAGCGUCGAAAUACAAGCACAAGGAUCCCUUCGAUGCGCUUCUGGAACCAUUCUACUACAAUAAAUCCCUCACAGAUCCCAUCGACACCGCAAGGGACAAGUGGAAUCUGCUGCCCGCGUUUCUCAAGGUUAAGGGACUGGUGAAGCAGCACAUUGACUCAUACAACUACUUUGUCGAAGUGCAGCUGAAGAAGAUUGUCGAGUCAAGCUCUACCAUUCGCAGUGAUGUGGAUCAUCAAUUUUACAUCAAAUUCACGGAUAUCUAUGUCGGUUCGCCGAGACGUGCGGACGAGACCCAGGAUGCUGGAAUUGAUUUCCAGUCCGACGUGACUCCCCAGGAGUGCAGACUUCGUGAUACUACCUACGCUGCACCAAUCCUUGUCGACUUCGAGUAUGUCCGUGGCCGGCAACGUGUGAUUCGUCGAGGUGUCUCGAUUGGUCGGAUGCCCAUCAUGUUGCGCAGCUCCAAGUGUGUGCUUGCCAACAAAACGCCAGCGCAGAUGACAGUCCUUAACGAGUGUCCCCUGGAUCCCGGUGGCUAUUUCGUUGUCAACGGAACGGAGAAGGUUAUUCUCGUACAGGAGCAACUGAGCAAGAACCGAAUUAUCGUUGAGACGGACCCCAAGAAAGAGAUUGUUCAGGCUUCGGUGACUAGUUCUUCCAACGAGCGCAAAUCGAAGAGUUAUAUCGUGCUUAAGAAGCAUAGGCUCUACGUGAAGCACAACGUCCUUAGCGAUGACAUCCCAAUUGUCGUCCUGCUCAAGGCCAUGGGCAUCCAUACCGACAAAGAGAUCCUGCAGCUAGUUGCCGGGUCUGACAGCCAAUACCAGGACGACUUUGCCAUCAACUUUGAAGAAGCCCUCAACCUUGGCAUUUACACCCAACAGCAAGCGCUUGACUGGAUGGGUUCUCGGAUCAAGAUCAACCGCAAGACAGGUGCAUACCGCCGAACACACGCGCAAGAGGCUGUCGAAGCCAUUGCCUCUGUCAUCAUCUCCCAUAUUGAGGUUAAGGACAUGAACUUCCGGCCAAAGGCUAUCUACGUUGCUCACAUGGCUCGCCGUGUGUUGAUGGCGAAGAAUGAUUCGGCUCUGGUAGAUGACCGUGAUUAUCUGGGUAACAAACGUCUGGAACUCGCAGGUCAGCUGCUGGCUUUGUUGUUUGAGGAUCUUUUCAAGAAGUUCUGCUUUGAUAUCAAAAUGAACAUCGACAAGGUACUGAACAAGCGGAAUCGGGCCGAGCAAUUUGACGCAUGGAGUGUCAUGAGCAUGCACGGCAAUCACAUCACACAGGGCAUGAAUCGUGCUAUUUCCACGGGUAACUGGAGUCUGAAACGUUUCCGCAUGGAACGUGCCGGCGUCACCCACGUCCUCAGUCGGCUGAGUUACAUUGCUGCACUCGGCAUGAUGACCCGUAUUAGCAGUCAGUUCGAGAAGACCCGAAAGGUUUCUGGUCCUCGUGCCUUGCAACCGUCGCAGUUCGGCAUGUUGUGUCCAGCGGACACGCCCGAAGGUGAAGCCUGUGGUCUGGUCAAGAAUUUGGCUCUCAUGACACACAUUACCACCAACGACGAGGAGGGACCGGUACGGAACUUGAUUUUUAUGCUGGGUGCCGAAGACAUUUCGACCGUCAGUGGAAUGCAGCUUUAUGCCCCGGGCAGCUACACCAUCUCCAUCAACGGUACGCCGACUGCGCUGACCCGACGGCCCAAGUAUUUCCUUAAUGCUUUCCGCCGGCUGCGUCGCAUGGGACGUAUCUCGGAGUUUGUGAGUAUCUACAUCAACCAUCAUCAGCGAGCUGUCCACCUCGCGACUGAUGAUGGUCGAAUUUGCCGACCUCUCAUUAUCGUUGAAAAUGGCAAGUCAAGGGUCCGGAGGAACCACCUGCAAAAACUGCGCGACGGACGAAUGCAAUUCGACGAUUUCCUCGCACAAGGCUUGGUUGAGUACCUGGACGUGAAUGAAGAGAAUGACUCCUACAUUGCGAUCUAUGAGAAGGACAUCAACGAGGCUCACACUCAUCUUGAAAUUGAGCCUUUCACAGUUCUGGGAGCCGUCGCUGGUCUCAUUCCCUACCCUCACCACAAUCAGUCUCCCCGUAACACUUACCAAUGUGCCAUGGGUAAACAAGCCAUUGGUGCUAUCGCUUCAAACCAGUUCCAGCGCAUUGACUCUAUCCUCUACCUUAUGGUCUAUCCUCAGAAGCCAAUGGUCAAGUCUCGGACCAUUGAGUUGGUCAAAUACGACCAGUUGCCUGCUGGUCAAAACGCCACAGUUGCUGUCAUGAGUUACUCUGGGUACGAUAUUGAGGACGCCCUCGUUUUGAACAAGGGAUCCGUUGAUCGCGGAUUUGGUCGAUGCCAGGUCUACAAAAAAUACGUCACCAAUCUCAAGAGUUACCCCAACGGCUUGAAGGACCGGCUCAACCCGCCAGAGUACGAGAACGAUGCCCCCAUUCGCAAGCACGCCCUGCUUGAGAGCGACGGUCUUGCUGCAGUCGGUGAAGAAGUCAAGAGCGGAGAGGUCUACAUCAAUAAGGUCAUUCCCGACGCGGCGCACACGAAUGGUCUCGGUGGUGACUCGAGCAAGCCACUCACCUGGAACGCGGCGCCGAUGACAUACAAGCUCCCAGACCCCGCCUACAUCGACAAGGUCAUGGUGUCAGCUACCGAAGGCGAGACCCAACUACUCAAGAUUCUUACUCGACAGACCCGCCGUCCCGAAGUCGGUGACAAGUUCUCCUCCCGUCACGGACAGAAGGGUGUCGUUGGUAUCAUCGCUGACCAGACUGAUAUGCCUUUUACCGACUCUGGUAUCAAUCCCGACAUUAUCAUGAACCCCCACGGUUUCCCCUCGCGAAUGACGGUCGGCAAGAUGUUGGAGCUGGUUGCCGGUAAGGCAGGCGUUCUCUCCGGUCAACAUGGCUAUGGUACUUGCUUCGGCGGUAGCCCCGUUCAGGAGAUGUCUCAGAUCCUGAUUGACCACGGUUUCAGCUACGGUGGCAAGGAUAUGCUCACCUCUGGUAUCACCGGCGAGCCGCUCCCCUUUUACGUUUUCACUGGUCCUAUCUACUAUCAGAAGCUCAAGCACAUGGUCCAGGAUAAGAUGCACUCGCGUGCCCGUGGUCCUAAAGCUACGCUUACCCGCCAGCCCACUGAAGGUCGUUCUCGUGACGGUGGUCUUCGUCUCGGUGAGAUGGAACGUGAUUGUCUGAUCGCGUACGGAACUAGUCAGCUCCUGCUUGAGCGUCUCAUGAUCUCAUCUGAUAUCCAUGAAGUUGAUAUUUGCGAGAAAUGUGGUUUCAUGGGUUAUCUCAACUGGUGCCCCGGCUGCAAGUCAUCUCGCUCGGUUGUGAAGAUGUCCAUUCCAUAUGCAGCAAAGCUCCUGAUCCAGGAGUUGAUGAGCAUGAACGUUGCUGCUCGUCUGAAGCUGGAUGACGAGUUCCCCGAGAUGAAGGGCCGUUAAAAGGAAAUGUUGCCUGGGCUUAAGAAUAGGCUGGUUUGGAACAAAAAAUUGGAUUUAGGGUGCAUGGUUCUCCAGGAUGUGUUUAGCUUUUCUACACCAAUGGCAUAGCGCGGCGAUUUGAAUAUACGAGCCUGGCGAGAUUUCAUGUAGACCGUGUAGAGCAAAUAUAAAUAAGCAGGUAAGGAGAUUGCAUUUUGUAAGACAAAGAGUACCCCAAAUCAGAACCAUUACGAAAUCGCAAUAGAAAGAACUCAAGCGAUUUACUUUCUCCAUUCUUUUUUUUUUUUUUUUUUUUCAAAGCAUCAAGAGCUGUGAGUCAAAGGCGACAUGCUGAUACUUAGUAAACUCGAUCAUAUCCUUCAAAAACUUGUCUCUCGCCUGCAGCGCCUCCAGCAACGACAUCGCCAUUGGACCUUUCCGGUCUUUGUUAUCCAAAGCCAGCCUUGCCAUGGUAGCCUUCAACUUUUCAUCAUCCCCGUUUGCAUCGAGCGUCCAAUCCAACCUCUGUGGUGGGAUAUUGGCCGUGGAGAUGAUCCGCAGAUUCGGAUCGACCAGGAAGAACACAAGGGCACGAGUAUGCCCCGGCUUCGACUUGUUUUUCAGCUCGAGAUGAGUCACGCGGUGCUGUACGGUACUGGGAAAUAUCACGGUACGGCCCACUUUGCACUUGAUCGAGCCUGGGUGCUGAAUAGCCGGCUCUCCGAUUGAAAGGCCAAAGACUUGCUUGAGCCAGACGAAGUCAUCGGGCUCAUGUUCGACUGCAGCAAGGGAUCCGGUUUCGACGAUGUUGCGGAAUUCCAUGAUCGGGUCCUCCAUGUUCUCAUUGUCGAACAGGAGGAAUGCAGCGGCACAGAUGUGUUCGUUCUGUAUUCUGGGGAUCAGACAUGCCCGCUGCACAUAUUGCAAAUGGAACUUACCAUUUGACCUUCGACGUGCCAGUCAGAUUGGAAAUAGGGAUCUUCCGGGGUGAGAUCGACACCGAUAAUGCGUGUGAUGACCUGAAGACCGCGGUCCUUGUAGUCCCUGUUGAGUGAGACAUCUCGUUCGAUGCGGACGGGACUAGGCAGGUCCUCGGGGAGCUUGUUCAUCAGGGCCGGAGGUACAGCCCAGGGGAUGAAUACACCAGCAUCGGGCUGAAUCACUUUGAAGUUCUCAUGUCGCCAAUCCGAGUAUCGCUCUGAAAACUCACUCUGGGCCUCUUUGGCUCCAAUUUGCGGCUCCUUGUCGACAACUGCCUGAGGAACAGGAUGGUAUUCAGCCUUGUGAUAUGUGAUUCGCGCGCGUGAAUGCAACAUGUCCUUGAGUGGCGUCAUCGUCAUAUUGAACUGAGGGACCAUACAGUUGACUAUGUCCUCGAUCAGUUUGUAGAUGUUGCGGUGCUUGACUGGGUGCAGAUUGUUGAUGUACGACACAAGAUGCCAACGGUCAUCGUCGCCCAGCUCCAAGUCGGCCGGCAGAAGCUGGAAAUUCAGAUUAUACGGUUUGACCUGGAUGUCUGAUCGCGACUUUACUCGCCAGGCCAUGUCUUCUCGAGUGAUGCCCGUCUCUCUGGGCGGGGGGAUCACUUCGCCCUGACCGACGGCUCCUAGGGCUUCAUCUAACCCGAUGACCGUAUCCACAAGAAUUCGACUUUUGCCGUAUACAAGGGGGUAUAAUGCGAUGGCCAGGAGAUCUCGCUGUUUUCCCACAGUUCCCGGAUGGUGGAAUUUCAACUCGGCGUCAUCAUAAUCCAAGACUUUGGUCUCCUUUGCCAGUCUUUCAACGAGUGAUCUGGGGAUAUUUGAAUCGGACUUGGUCAUGUCCCCGUUGUACAGAGCGACAGCCUGGCUUGUUUCGUAGAUCAUCGCUUUGAACUUGAGCUCGUCGAUGAUCCAGUUGGCCAUAUUGGGGGUGAUGUCCUUUUCACCAUUCAAUGCUGAUGCUUUCCAUUCUUCAUCGAUACCGGGAUCUUGAACCUGUGGCGUCGGAAAUCCAGUUAACCACCUCGGCUUAACAAAUCGUGGGUUUCCCUUUUACCUUGAUCCACCAUUCAGGAAUGUCAGUCAACUCUUCCAUUACGCGGAGCAUUUCGAUCUCACGAAGAGACUGGACGGGCAAUCUGUUUUUGGGUGAUCGAGUCAGCUUCCUUCCAUCCCAAGCUUCGCAGAUCCAUACUCGGUGUAUCCAUUCUCAAUAUCUCUGUCAUCCAAGGCGGAUGGAAACAUGCUCCGGCUCUCCACGCCGUAGAUGUUCUUCUCCAUCGGUGCAUAGUCCAAUGGUCGGCCAUAUCCGGGAAGGAUGAACCGGGAAUCCUUGUUCUUGGAGGCACCGAUGAACUCCUCUUCGUUGGCACGAUGCUGGAACAUUACUGCGAAGGUCACAAAAAAUGGCUGGAGAAGACUAUAGUUUUGAAAGCGAUAAUGAUAGACCCCGACCAAGCAAUGUCAAGAUCGGAGAAAGUACCCACAAAAAAUGAAGAAAAAGACGAGAAAAAAAGUACUCGAAGCUAUGAAGCUACGAAAAAGUACAAGAAUGGGCCAGCGCGAGUACCUUAGUGCACAAUGAUGUACUGCGGUCGUCGUUAACUCCUUAAGUAUGGGAUAAUCUACCAGCGCUAUUACGCCCGGCAAUGAAAGGCACGGAACUCUAUUCCGAAGGUCAAUGCCAGACUUCUGGCACUGGAAAGAUCAGCAUGUCGAAUUCAGGCUGGUGGUCAUAGUGACCGAAUAGCCCGAGUUACCGUGGAAAGGGAGAGGCCAAUUGCACACCGAAGAGAUCGUUUCUAACAACCCGAAGAAGCAUGCCUACGCAACACAAAUAUUCUUCAACGAAGCAGUCUCUCUACUCUUAUUGACACGGUUAUUGAGUAUCGACGGAGACAAUGCGCUCCGGUUGCGCUCUCAUGUGGCCAACAUGCGGCGUUCCUUGAAACUUCUCACGAUGCACCACCCAGCCAGAUGAUUCCGCCUCAGAUGCAUGCUUCUCCACGUCACGCCAAUCAACUAGAUCAUCUGCAUCGGAGUAAAUAUAACAACGCGUGAGGACCCCCUUAGCAUUGGCAGCCUGCAUAAGGCUCGUAUCAUUGACUGCCUUGCGGGCGAGGCUAACCGCAUCUGGAGACCGAGUGAUUUUCUGGAAGAUCUUGAUCAGGACGAGCGUGAUCCAUAAAGCACUCUUCCCAAGCAGGCGGAAAAUCCACAGCCUGGGAAGAGCGUAAGAAAAGGCCUUCAUUGCGGCAGAGGUACUCGCAGUACCCGGAGCACUAUCGAUGAUCAUGGAAGAGAUCGGCAAUGGGGUCCCCGUCGCCUGGUGGUAUGCCUUGAGCAAAUGAGUCGUGCCGAAGAGACCGCCGUUCGAGAAGAGGUGCAUAAACACGGGAGUCUCAGGGGUCACGGAGGCGCGGAGGGCUGCUACUGCAGGCCGGACUCGGGCCUGUUGCGCACUAGCUGUGGAACGGAAGAAGAAGUCAUUCGAGGAGCUGCGAAUGAAUAUGAUUCGUGCGGAGGGUACCAUGCGUCUGUAUUCGACGACAUACUUGGCGAGUGCGCGGGGCGGAGCGUUCAUCCAGAAGGCGAUGAAGAUCACCGGUCGACCAUCUUGCGUAGUUAUGUCCGUUGGGUCUUGUAUGUAGACUGACGGUCCCAACUUGGUGAAUAAUGCCAAUGGAUUGGGAGGAGAAGUUACAGAUUCUGCUGCCAUGAUGGACGUCGUAAUGACUGGUUUGAAGAUGCUCGGCUUACAUAGACCGAGAGGAAGUCUUCGGCCCCGGCGAUCGCCGGGCUACCA